GAGGAAUGAAACACAUACAAGACUUUCUGUACGCUGCUAUUUCCACGAAAGUGAUGGCAUUUUGAGUUGAAAAAGUAUUUUUCAGGAUGAAUAUCUUACCUAAGAAAAAUUGGCAUGUUCGCACCAAAAAGAACAUUGAAAGGGUGCGAAGGGAUGAGGAGCAGGCAGCAGAAGAGGAAAAAGAACGCCAGAGGAGGAUUGCAUUAGCGGAAUCCGAGGCAAGGACUGAUCUCCUAAGACAGAGGGCAAAACACAGACAGCGAGAUGACGAUGAGGAAUACGAAGGAGACAGACAAGUUGUGGAAUUCCAAGCCGGGCAGCAUGUCAAUUUCUUCAGUGAUAUUGAACAAGGGAUGAAGCAAAAGAAGGUGAAUGAAGAACAUGAAAAGGAAAAGAAGGAAGAAAAAGAAAAAUGGGAGAAGAGCAUAGGACUUCUCACCUACCUUGGGCAAAGCUCAGUGGAGUCGAAAACCACAAAGCCAGGUAUUUACCGGUACUCAGAACCUCCAAAGAAGAAAUCAAAAGAGGAGGAAAACAUGGAAGAAGACAUGAAAAGGAAGCAUUCACUGGAUCCUUUGCAUAAGAUGAAGGAAUAUGUAGAAAAGAAGAAGAAACACAAACACAAGGAUAAACAUAAAGACUAUGAAAAGAAGCACAAGCAUAAGCACAAGGACAGGGAAACCCACAAACAUAAGUCAGGUGGGAGCAGCAGCAGUAGUAGUAGCAGUAAAAAAACUAUUGAACAACUAAGAGCUGAAAGAUUAAAAAGAGAACAGGAGGAAAAACUUAAAACUGAGCAGCUGCUUGCUAAGCUGAGAGGAGAGAAAAUACCAGGAGAAGAAGAGGUGAUAACAGAUGACAGACAGAGAAAAUACAACUCACAGUUCAAUCCUGAUUUAGCAAGGAAACCUAAGAAGCGACAGGAGUGGGAUUAUUGAUUCUGUUAGCAAAAUUUUAGGACAGAUGUAGGACAUAUUUCUAUGUCUCGUUAUACUGAUAAUAAAUUCUUAUUUGGAGAAUCCUGUUAGAUCUCAAGUAUCUUAUUUUAAGUGUUAAUUCCUGACACUAAAACAGCACUUGUUAUUAUCAUUAUAUUUAAUAUAAAACCAGGAAAAAUACUUAGUUAAUGAAAUAAAUUAGAAAACUUUGUAAGUUUGUUUUUAGAAGUAAGCUUUUUAAUAAAGGUUAUGAAACUAGAUCAAGAAAUGGAAUUAAAACAAAUUAGAGCUCCAGUGUU